CGGAUGGUGGAUGGGACAGAAUGGUGCAGGGAGCCUUGGGCGACUACGUCGAUCAGGCUGAUUCAGGCAGCAUGCGCGAUGGGUGCGGUGGCAGAUCCGGCAUGGCAGUUGAUGGGACUCCAUGGACAUCUUGCGUGCCGUUAUGGAGCCAGCUUAUGAUCUGCUGCGCAAGAUGGGUCGUGGAGGGUUAUGCAUGUCUCGAGUGGUCAAGUGGACUGGACGGUUGGCCGGGGAGGUGGAGGCGGCUGUUAGGCCGCUAGAGGAUGGAUUGGCGGAUCAGAUUUUCUGGUGCGUGCAGGAGACCGUCGCUCAUGUGUGUGACCCUGCGCAUGCUGCGGCGCACCUCCUUUGUCCCAUGAGGAGGUGGAUGCAGUAUUACAGCGGUGUGGUGAAGCACGAGGACAAACGACUUGUGAGGGAGGCUGAGCGGUACAUUCUGUCGCAGAUCGGGUUUGAUGAGCGGCGGAAGGAGUACCGAGACGCUGUGUUGCAGCUGCGGGGCUUUCAUACGUGCACAUCGACUUGCGCAUGGGGAGGGGUGCGGGCAUGCGCCGCAGCGGAGAUGUGUGUCGGAGAGCAGGAGACCGUUGAGAGUGGUCUUUGGUGGUCACAGUAUGGCGGCUGUGCUCCUGAGCUUCAGCGUAUCGCUCUUCGUGUGUUGUACAUGUGGACGUGCUCCUCUCCCGCAGAGCAGAACUGGGCCAUCCACGAGAGCAUUCACACGAAGAAGCGUAACAGGUUGCUAUUCCCAAAGGUCACGAAGUUGGUACACGCAACUUUUGGCUCUUCAGAGCGGUGGUGGAGGUUUGGUUGUUCCGUGGACUCAGGAUGAGUCCAUAUUGGAUGUCGAGGGUGGCCUAGAGGCAGACGCUAUAUGCGAGGGGGUGAACCACAGCAUACCCGAGGAGGACCGUGAUGCGCAGGCGCAGUUGUGGCAGCGGGAUGCUUGUGGGUCACGACCACCGCCUCCCGUUGAGGAUGUGUUCGGGGUUUGGGCCGCCACUUUGAGGUUGUACCCAAGAGAUGACCCGAGUGGAGAUGUGCUCGAGGAGGCAGGGAAUCAAGACCAUCUCGUGCG